CCGCGCAAUGAUCCAACUUAAAACUGUGAUUUUCCUUAUUUUGCUUGUUUUUGAUGCCGGAUGUACAGAAUUUUGCUUGAAAAAUGAUAUUCAUGCGUUAAUUCUAGCCAGAGGUGGAAGCAAAGGCAUUAAUCUCAAAAAUCUUGCUGAAGUGGGCGGCUUGUCACUAUUGGCCCGCACUAUUAUAACAAUUCAAAAUUCUUCUUGCUUUAAACACAUUUGGGUUUCCACGGACGACAAGAGGAUUGCAUUUGAAGCGCAAAAGUAUGGUGCCAUCGUACACCGUCGUCCUGAGAAAUUCGCCAGAGACGAUACCCCUUCGAUACAUGCAAUUUCGGAAUUUCUAGAUGUGCAUACUAGUAUCCAAGACUUUGCCCUGUUUCAAUGCACAUCUGUCUUUCUGAAAACAAAAUACAUUCAGGAAGCUGUUAAAAAAUUCGAGACGCAUGACUGUGUGUUUGCAGCUAAGAGAUCCCAUUACUUAAGAUGGAAAGUGGUUGAUGAUGAAUUGAUUCCAGCAGAGUUCGACCUAAAUGCCAGACCAAGACGUCAGGACUGGGAGGGGGAUAUAGUGGAAACAGGAAUGUUUUACUUCUCGCGAAGGAGGCUGGUGAAGAGUGGGCUGUUACAGAACAACAGGUGCUCAAUUGUGGAAAUUGAUGUCAAAGACGGUUUAGAAAUCGACUCACACCAUGACCUGACAUUAGCCAAAUAUAUUUUAAGCAGUGAGACGAAAACUGAUUUAUAAACAUAAAAAUACCUUUUGUGUAGAAAAGUGAAGUAAUAAUAAUAAUAAAUUGUAAAAGAGAAACAUUAAGUCGA